ACUCCUUAUCUUUGAACAAGAGCCGAACCAAAAUCAAAUAAUUUGUAAUGAACAAUGAAGUAGGGGAGCUAUGUGAGAAAAAGACAACAAAAUCUUUUCAAUAGGUGGAUGGACAGGACUGCUGUUUACUCUGGCUGCUGGGUGGGGCAAUUGCGCGACCUUGAUCUUGCUUCAACUCAGGUGCAAGCUUGUGUUAAAUUUGUGGGGGCGGAAAAACAAAGACCGGAAGGCUGCAAGCCUUCAACUGCACUUUGUCAUGCUCACCAUGUGUUUGUUGAAUUGCCUAAGUGGGCUUAAGCUGAAUUUUUCCCUUGUUAUUAUCCUUAUUUGUGUUUGUUCGGGUGUUUCGACAUUUUUCUUGGGUUAUGAUUUUUCGUAAUGAGGAUGUAGUGUGAGGUUGUAGCUUUUUAAUUAAAUUCAUUCCUUUCC